UCAGCGUCGAGACUGGAGCCUGAAUGUUGAACUGUGGGGCGCAAAUGGGAUCCGGCUGCUAGUCGGCUUUGUGUUAUUCUUGGAAAAUUUCGCACCACUUGUGAAUUCCUUGAGCCUGGGCAUUGCAAACCCACUUCUGUUGGGCCCACCUCCUUUGCACUUUGCUCAGAUUAAGACUCAGUUGGCGCUUCAGCAGCUGAAUGCCGUUGCCUCACAUAGUUCAGCACCACCUUACACUUUAUUAAAUCAGGCUUUUUUGAAAGUAGCCAUGUCGAGACCCAGGUUUAAUCCUCGGGGGAACUUUCCACUUCAGAGGCCACGAGCACCUAACCCUUCUGGGAUAAGGCCUCCAGGACCAUUUAUGAGGCCUGGAUCUGUGGGUCUUCCAAGAUUUUACCCAGCAGGGAGAGCCCGUGGAAUUCCACCCAGAUUUGCUGGCCAUGAAUCUUAUCAGAACAUAGGACCCCAGAGAAUGAAUGUUCAGGUAACACAACAUCGAACUGAUCCAAGAUUGACCAAAGAAAAACUGGAUUUUCAUGAAGCACAAAAGAAGGCAAAGCCUCAUGGUAGCCGGUGGGAUGACGAGUCUCAUUUGUCUACACCAGUGGGAGUGAAACAAAGUGUGAUAACACAAGUUACAGAGCAGAAUCCAAAAGUCCAGAGUCGUUACACAAAAGAGAGUGCCUCAAGUAUCUUAGCAAGUUUUGGAUUAUCUAAUGAAGACUUAGAAGAACUCAGUCGCUAUCCUGAUGAACAACUGACUCCUGAAAAUAUGCCAUUAAUUUUAAGGGAUAUAAGAAUGCGAAAAAUGGGGCGCCGGUUGCCUAAUUUACCUUCUCAGAGCAGAAAUAAGGAAACACUUGGUAGUGGGGCAGUUUCAAGUAAUGUGAUUGAUUAUGGGCAUGCAAGCAAAUACGGAUACACAGAAGAUCCACUUGAAGUAUGUAUUUAUGAUCCUGAAAUUCCAACAGAUGAGGUCAAGAAUGAAUUUCGGUCACAGAACAUUCGUGCAUCUGUUCCCACUCCAAAUGUGAUAUGUAACUCUAUGUUUCCUGUUGAAGAUGUGUUUCCAAAGUUGGACUUUGCUGGUGAGUCCUCCAAUAAUCAGCCCUUUUUCCCAGUGGAGAGUGGAACGAAGAUGGCAGUCCUACGCAUUUCAAGAGGAAAGUCAGUCCUUGAACCUGUAAAAUCUGUCAGUCAACCCAUUAACCAGUCAGUUAACCAGACAAUGAGUCAAUCUCUGAUUCCUCCUCCUGUGAACCAGCGACCAUAUUCAUCGGAAUUAAUUUCAGCUGUAAGUCAACGUGAGCAAAUACCACAUGAACCUGGGAUUAAUUCAUCGGGAGGGAGUAAAAAGAAUUACCAUUCAGAGAUUGACAUUCCCAUUCGGUCUCCCUUUGGGAUUGUGAAAGCAUCAUGGUUACCAAAGUUUUCACAUACUGACACCCAGAAGAUGAAAAGACUUCCUACUCCUUCUAUGAUGAAUGAUUAUUAUGCUGCAUCUCCAAGAAUAUUUCCACAUUUGUGUUCUCUGUGUAACGUAGAAUGUAGUCAUUUGAAGGAUUGGAUUCAACAUCAAAAUACGUCUACACAUAUUGAGAGCUGCCGACAAUUACGUCAACAGUAUCCUGAUUGGAAUCCUGAGAUCCUCCCAUCAAGAAGACAUGAAGGCAGUAGAAAAGAAGAUGAAACUCCCAGAAGACGUUCUCAUUCCCCCAGUCCUAGACGUUCAAGGAGAUCAAGCUCAAGUCAUAGAUAUCGUCGAUCUCGAAGCCCAGUUCGAUAUAUAUAUAGACCAAGAAGUCGAAGCCCAAAGAUUUACCAUCACUUCAUUCCUAGAUACAGAUCAAGAUCCCGUUCUCGUUCACCAUAUCGAAUGAGCAAUCCAUAUAGAGGCAGUCCAAAAUCCUAUCGGUCAGUUAGUCCUGAAAGAACGUCAAGGAGAUCAGUGAGAUCAUCAGAAAGGAAAAAAGCUUCGGAAGAUGUAGUACAACAAUCUGGACAUGGGCCAGAAUUAAUGAAACAGAAACAACUUGAAGCAGUUGAAAAAGGGCACUCACCACCUAUAAAGCCUAAAACUGGCAGUGGGUCAAAGCCAUCAGUUAAACCUAUAAGUUCUACAAAGAGUGAUUCAAGUUUAGGACAUUCUACUCGGUACAAAUCAAAGAAUGUGGAAGAUGACGCCUCACCAGAAAGUAAACAGCCAUCUGAUAAAGCUAUUUAUCUCCACCGUAAGCUUCGGAAAGAGCAUUCUUCACCUUAUUGUUCAGUUCUUCUUGUAUCUGAAUUACCAGAGGAUGGAUGUACUGAAGAAGAUAUUAGAAAACUAUUUCAACCAUUUGGUCAAGUUAAGGAUAUCCUGAUUGUCCCAUAUAGAAAGGAGGCUUACUUGGAAAUGGAUUUUAAAGAAACAGUUACUGCUGUCAUGAAGCACACUGAAACAACACCUCUUAAGAUAAAAGGGAAAAAUGUGAACGUAUGUGUCCCAGAAAAGAAAAGAUCCCAGAACAAAGAGGUAAAGAAAAAGACAUCAGAUUCAAAGAAAACAUCUGUAUCUUCUUUAAAAAAAGAUGCAGGGGCUUCCAAAGCUGCUGAAGCUGUAUCUUCUACUACUACCAAAACUGGACAAGCCAAGGCAUCUACAGCCAAAAUAAAUAAAUCUUCAGGAAAAUUGGCUGGUUCUGUAAAAUCUGUGGUAACAGUAGCUGCUAAAGGUAAAACUUCAAUCAAAACAGUGAAAUCUAUCAGAAAGAAGUCUCUGGAAGUCAAAAAGACUGGCAUUAAAAACAAAGACUCCAAUAAACCUGUGACUGUACCAGAAAGCUCUGAAAUAAAGACCACAGCGGAAACCGAAGUCAUUGAAAACACUGCUAAAGACACCAUUUCAGAAACUGCUUUGGAGACCACAGAAAAUGAGCCAGUUCACAAGGAAACAGAGGAAAUGUGUAUGGUACUUAUUUCUAAUUUGCCUAAUAAAGGAUAUUCUGUAGAAGAAGUGUACAACCUAGUAAAACCAUUUGGUGGUUUAAAGGAUAUUUUGAUUUUAUCAUCUCAUAAAAAGGCACUUGUAGAAGUAAGUAGAAAAUCUGCUGAUUCCAUGGUAAACUUUUACACCUGCUUCCCAAUAUCAAUGGAUGGGAAUCAACUGUCAAUUCGUAUGGCUCCAGAAAACAUGAAUAUAAGUGAUGAGGAGGCAAUAUUUACAACCCUGAUUAAAGAAAGUGACCCAGAGGCAAAUAUAGAUGAAAUCUACGAUCGAUUUGUACAUUUUGAUAACUUACCAGAAGAUGGACUUCAGUGUGUACUUUGUGUUGGACUUCAGUUUGGAAAAGUGGAUCACCACAUAUUCAUGAGUAAUAAAAACAAGGCAAUUCUUCAGCUGGAUAGUCCUGAAUCUGCUCAGUCAGUAUACAAUUUCCUGAAACAAAAUCCACAGAACAUAGGUGAUCAUGUAUUGACCUGCACACUAUCUCCAAAGAUAAGCUCCUCAGAGGUUCAAACUGAGAACAACCUAGAACUAGGAACAGAAAGCCCUGACUUGAAAAACAGUCCAGUUGAUGAAAGUGAGGUGCAAACAGCAGCUGAUAGUCCCUCUGUUAAACCUAGUGAAGUUGAAGAGGAAACUAUUCCCAGCAUUCAAACAGAAGCUUCUGUACAUCAGGAAGAGCCUUGUGAGGAAGAAACUGUAGAAGCACUGUGUGACUCUGAAUUUAUUAUUGAACCAUUAGAAAUUGAAACUCAAGCAGAAGUCAAAGUAGAAAUCCCUCUCGUGGCAUCUACUCCAACAAGUAUUGAAUUAUUCACCGAAAAUGUAGAGGAAUCUGUUUUAAAUCAGCAGCAAGUAUAUACUGGUGACUUUGAAAAGAAAGAGGCAGAAAGUAUUAACCCUGAAGCACAAUUAUCAACACCUGACAGUGCAUUUAUAGAAGAAAGGAGCAUCAAAGGAAUUCUAGAAGAAUCUCCAUUUGAAGCAGAUUUCUUCUCGGGGAUUACACAGUCUGUGGUAGAAGUUGUAACUAAAGUGGACAAACAUGACACUGUUUCAGAAGUUGUGCCAUCUGCUGGUGUUACUGAACUAGCACCAGGGAUUUUCACUGAGGCUGAGAAGGCAGUGAAUAAAGAGGAAAUCUGUGAAAAAGAUAACAUGGAUGAUAAGGAGGAAACUGAAUUUAAUAUUGAAGAAAUGAGAAUGGAUCUACAAAUAGGAAGCGAGAAGCCUGAAAAAAAUGAUGAAAGGGUGGUUGCAGAGAAAUUGGAAAAGAUUGUGGCAACAGUGAAAGAAAAACCUUCAGAAAAUCCUCUGACCAAAACAUGCUCAACUAAAGGAGUGGGUCAGUCAAACAAGUCUGAUGAAACUAGUAAAACUAAUAUGCUGGCUACAUCAAGUGCAUCUAGCAGUAAAACAAAUACCAAGACUGGUGUGGUCUCUUCUCCAAAGGCAAAAGCUACACCUUCUAAAUCUGAAAACCAGAAAAGUUUUCUAAGGUCUGCAUUCAGAGAUCAAAUAAACACUGAAAAGAAGCUUGCAGCCAAGGAUUUGUUUCUGCCUAAACCUCCAACUAUCAGGUCAGGCUUGGCUGAAAGCAGCAGUAAAUUCAAGCCCUUUCAGAGCAUUGUUACCAGAGGAGGCAGUGGAAGAAUCUCAGCCCUGAAAGGCAAGGAUUCUAAACUGGAUCACAAAGACAUUACAAAACAGUCUCAGGAAACAGAGACUAGACCUUCCAUCAUGAAACGGGAUGACAGCAGCAAUAAGACUUUUGCUGGACAAAACACUAAGAUUCCUAAAAGUGUCGCUGGUAGAAGUUCCAAAUCUAAAGAGGAGAUAUUAUUUUCAUUUAAUUUGGAUGACUAUCUUACUGUGGAUGAAGUUAUAGAGGAUGUGAAUCCUCUUCAAGCCAAGCAGAAUCCAUUAAAGGGAAAAUGGAAAGACACUUUAAAAGAUGCCCCUUCCUCUGAACUUAACUUAAGGAAGAAGGAAAAACCAGCUUCUCAUGUUGCUGAGGGUGAAUUAUCUUUUGUUACACUAGAUGAAAUUGGGGAAGAGGAAGUUGCAGCUGCACAUCUAGCACAAGCUCUAGUCACUGUGGAUGAAGUAAUUGAUGAAGAAGAAAUAAAUAUGGAAGAAAUGGUAAAAAAUUCAAAUACACUUCUUACGUUGGACGAGUUAAUUGACCAAGAUGAUUGCAUGUCUCACAGUGAACCUAAAGAUGUCACUGUACUGUCAGUGACUGAAGAACAAGAUCUUUUCAAACAGGAACGCCUGGUAACUGUGGAUGAAAUUGGGGAAGUGGAAGAACUGCCUUUAAAUGAGUCCACAGACAUAAGUUUUACCACUUUAAAUACUAAAGUAGAUGAAGGAAGUACUGGAAGAGACAGCAUUGGGUACAUUUCUUCUCAGAUGCCUGAAGAUCCUUCUACAUUAGUUACUGUAGAUGAAAUACAGGAUGACAGCAGUGAUCUGCACUUAGUGACUUUGGAUGAGGUAACUGAAGAAGAUGAAGACUCUCUGGCAGAUUUUAACAAUCUUAAAGAAGAACUUAACUUUGUCACCGUUGAUGAAGUUGGAGAGGAAGAAGAUGGAGACAAUGAUUUAAAGCUUGAGUUAGCACAAAGAAGAAGCCACUAUCCCACAGAUAAAAGAGGGGAUAUUAAAAAAAAAGCUGUGGACACACAGAAGAAAAAUGCUGAACUCUUAACCCAAGUGGGUCCAGCAAAUGAGAAUGUUGUGGAAGAAGAUAUGAAAAUCAUGAUUGAAAAGCACUUAGCAGCUAAAGCACCAGCCAAGAGAUUUAGAAUUGGGAAAAUGCUUAAAGCUAUUGCAGCAGAACCAGCAGAAGAGGAAGAGAAGAAGGAAGAGGAGGAGAGUUUCCAAAUGAGUGAAGUUGAAGAAGAAUCUGAAUUUAAAGAUUUAGAACCAGAACAAAAACGUAAGAAGACUGAGGACUCUCUAGACAUGUCAGAGUCAUCUGAUGUCCCUGAAGAUUUAGAUUCUCUGAUACCAAAGGCUGGCUUCUUCUGUCCUAUUUGUUCUCUUUUCUACUCAAGUGAAAAAGCAAUGGCGAAUCACUGCAAGAGUUUACGUCAUAAACAAAAUACAGAGAAGUUCAUGGCCAAGCAAAGAAAAGAAAAGGAGCAGACGGAGACUGAAGAAAGAAGCUCUAGGUGAUUGGGAGAAAGGGGGAAGAAUUCAUUAGAACUUCGUUUGGGGUCCAGUUGAUCUGUGUAUUUUUGUUAUCACUUAAUUUGUAAUUUUUGUUUCAAAAACAAAUAUUCAUGUUGUAAAAAAUUUUGAUUGCCCUUAAUGUAGAGAGACUGAUGGGGGAAAGUAUGAUGGGUUUGAUUUUUAUAUCAAAUCAUCAGGCAUGGAGAAAUAUCUUUUAGAAGUGUUAAAAUAAAUGUUCCUACUGUAUAUUUAAAAUAA